AAUCCACAUGUCCGAACAGAGCCGGUCGUCCCGAUGCGCUCUAAAGCCCCUCUAAAUUCUCAAAGCCAACACCGUGCCCAAUCAACAAACGAGCAGAAAAAUGUCCUUCUCCUUCUCUAUCUCCGAACCUCUUGCCUUCCCUCAACAACCCCUAUUCUCUAGUCUUGGUGGGAACAAAAGGGCAAGUGGGAUAUGGAGAAACCAUCAAGUAGUGAAUAAAUUAGUGGUAAGAGCAGGUCCAAAGAAGAUAUCUUUCGGUAAAGAUUGUAGAGAAGCCUUGCAGGCAGGAAUUGAUAAGCUUGCUGAUGCUGUUUCUCUCACUUUAGGGCCUCAAGGUCGUAAUGUUGUUCUUUCGGAUUCAAAGACGCUAAAAGUAGUAAAUGAUGGUGUUACAAUAGCUCGUGCAAUAGAGCUUCCGGAUUCAAUGGAGAAUAUUGGAGCAAUUUUAAUCCAAGAGGUUGCUAGUAAAAUGAAUGAUAUGGCUGGAGAUGGCACUACUACUGCCAUUAUUUUGGCUCGUGAAAUGAUCAAAACAGGGAUGUUGGCAGUCAGUUUUGGGGCUAACCCUGUUUUUGUAAAGAAAGGAAUGGAUAUGGCUGUCAAAGAGUUGGUCAAAGUGUUGAAGAAGAAUAGUUUUCCAGUAAAAGGGAAGGAUGAUAUAAAAGCGGUCGCUUCAAUUUCUGCUGGAAAUGAUGAAUUUGUUGGGAACCUAAUUGCUGAAACUAUAGAGAAGAUUGGCUCUGAUGGAGUAAUCUCUCUUGAAUCAUCUUCAACCUCUGAUACAUAUGUGAUAAUAGAAGAAGGAAUGAAGUUUGACAAGGGUUAUAUGUCACCCCAAUUCAUCACAAACCAGGAAAAAUCUUUGGUGGAGUUUGACAAGGCCAAAGUCCUUGUAACGGAUCAGAAGAUUGCGAAUGUCCAAGAAAUAGUUCCUGUGUUGGAGAAGACUACCCAACUCAGUGUCCCAUUGUUAAUCAUUGCUGAGGAUAUCUCAAAGCUGGUUUUGGAAACACUAGUGGUGAACAAAAUGAAAGGUUUGCUCAAUGUUGCUGUUGUCAAAUGCCCUGGAUUUGGAGAUCGAAAGAAAGCAUUGUUGCAAGACAUUGCUCUUAUGACAGGUAGGAGCAGACACGGAGACAGAACUUGAAGAUAGGAAACUCAGAAUUGAAGAUGCAAAGAAUGCUACAUUUGCUGCCAUGGAUGAAGGGAUAGUACCUGGUGGUGGUGCAACAUAGGUACAUCUCUCGGAGCAGAUCUCCUCAAUAAAAAAUUCCAUGAAAGAUGAAAAUGAGAAGAUUGGUGCUGAUAUUGUUGGAAAGGUCUGUUCUCGGUUCCUUUCUUUUUUCAAAAGUUAUUUUCUUCACACUUUCGCCUCACUAGGAUUUGAUCUAAGGUGAUUUUCUUUUCUUUUGUGAGAUGUGCCUUUUAUGCUCAUUUCUUUAUUUGGAUUGGUGAAUUUUGCGUCUCAAAUAGAAAUAAGCAGCGUUUGUGAAUGAAUUACCAUGCACAAGCGCUAUAGGGGUUGGUGCUAAAGCAGAUUAUUGCACAAGACUUGUAAAACGGACCAAGGUUCCUUUCAUAAUUAGUGAUAAAGUUGGACAUCCUUGUGAAAUGGUGUUAUAAAUGCAGGGCGUAGCAUGGAGAAACCCUACAAGUAGUGGUUUCUAAAUGACUAUAAGGGGAAAUUUCUUCUCCCAUGUAGUAACACAUACCAAUGAUGCAUUACAGGCACUUCUUGCACCUGCAAAAACAAUUGCAACUAAUGCAGGGGUUGAUGGAGCAGUUGUGGUGGAGAAUAUUCGAUCUUGUGACUGGAGAACUGGUUACAAUGCAAUGAAUGGUAGAUAUGAAGAUCUUCUCAAUGCAGGGGUGGUAGAUCCUUGUAGGGUUUCUAGGUGUGCACUUCAAAGUGCUGUCUCAAUUGCUGGGAUAGUUCUAACAACUCAAGCUGUGCUGGUUGAAAAAAUAAAGAAGCCCAAGCCCGCUGUCCCUUAUGUUCCUGGAAUUACACCUUGAGAAAAAUGGAAAAGAGCUGUUAAAAUUGUAGAAAGAAGCUGAAUAAAUUUUAUUGCUAUGAUGGCUCACAUCAACAGUUUUGAGUUGGCUGGUCAGAAUGAAACUUGAAGGUGAAGCAAGUCUCUUCAACAAGCCUUUACAACUUCUGGGAUCACCAGGUGGAUAAUGCUUGAGACCACGAAAGCAUCAAAUGCCAUAACGAAAGACUUUGCAUUUGUCUGGAAAUGCUUGGUUCUCCCUGCUGAUACAUCGACGACUAUUCCACUAAAUUUAGUGUUUGGUCUCUGUUAUAUUUGAUUUUCUGGCUGGUUUCCUGUCAAGAAACUCACUACUAUUCCAGUAACUCAGCAAGUAGCCAUAUAGGAAGAGUAAUCCCCAUAUCCAGAUGCCCUCUUUAAAAUCUUCAACUGAAGUUAGUCACUGACACAAUUUAAGCAGAAAAUUACCUUUAUUUUAUCAAUUAUAUUUUCCCUUGACUGCUAUAUGAUUCAUCUGUCAAUUUUAUUUGAACGAGGUUUUGGUCUA